AUGUCUUCGGCGCUCAAAAAUGUCACCGUAGUUGGGGCAGCCGGUAAGUUGGGGACCUCGAUCCUCGCUAAUUUUGACGCCGACCCCAACUUCAAUGUUUCUAUCCUCUCUCGCAAGUCGUCUAAAUCCGUCUUCCCAGCUCAUCUCGUUGUUCACCGGGUCAGUGACGAGUAUCCAGAACUUUUGGAAGCUUUGAAAGGACAAGAUGUGGUCAUUUCGACUAUAUCAAAGGCUGCUGCUGAUGUGCAGCAAAAGGCGAUUAUAGAUUCGGCUAUCAAAGCCGGUGUGAAACGUUUUGUACCAUCUGAGUUUGGAAGCGAUACAAGAAAUGAAAAGGCUAUGAAAAUCUUCCCGUUUUUUAAGCAUAAGCUGAACACGGUGGAAUAUUUGAAGAGUAAAGAAAGGGAAGGAUUGACUUGGUCUGCGUUUGUCACUGGGCCACCAUUUGAACUAUAUGUAAAGAUGCCUAUUCAACCACGACAACGGCCUCCGUUGGCACCGCUCUCAAAUACGCACUACUUUAUCCAGAAGAAACCUUUUCAUGUUUCGCAAAAUCAAAUUCUCGCUUCUCUUGAAAAGGCGACAGAUAAAAAGUGGGAUGUUGCGUAUGUUGAUGCAGAAGAGAAGAAGAAGAUUGGAAUUGAGACGAUGAAAAAGGGAGAUUUUAGUGGCGCGAUAGGGUCGAUUAGAUAUGUUAAUUCUGUGAAAGGAUAUGGUGGUGAUUAUACAGAGUAUGAGGAGAUGUCGAAUAAGUUGCUAGGGGUGCAGGGAGAAGAUUUGGAUAAGGUUGUGAGGGGAAUUGUGGAGGGUUGA